AUGUCUGACAGUUCCGAUGAUCAUGACAGCUCGAGCUCUGAAGGUGAAUUGUGUGACCGGCUUGGUCAACUAUCUGUUAGUGAAAACGUUACUUUGAGAGAUGUUGUACGACAAUACGGUUUAGAUAAUGUCGUUGGAUUGAUUGACGAUUUGAACGAGAUAUUACGUGAAAACAAGUCAUCAAUAUCAGCCAAAGCUAUCGAACCAAAAUUGUAUAUUAUUAAAAUUUCGAGCCUAGAAGUUCAUACAGAAACAAAUAAUGCAUACAGACCAUGUUCGGGCUUCAUGGUUGCUAAAGUUGGAAAAACAGAACAAUUUGGUACCAAAAGAUGCGAUUUGAUUAUUGCUGGAUUGAAGAAACUGGGAUAUGAGGCGAACCUUUUCAAAACAUCACAUGCACACGAACACGAAUCAGAAAAAGAUUACAGAGAAAAAUUGGCAGUUUUCUCUGUUCCGUAUGAACUGUUGAAGAAAUUGGGUUUUGAUUAUACUUGGGGUCUUACUGAUGUCAUGAGUACCAUUGCUCAGUUUGUGUCUCUUUCUGCGGCCAUGUUUGUUUUUAUUGUGCUGGAGAUGAGUGUGCACGUUGUAAAAAUAAUUUUUGUAGCGAAUGUGUUAAACAAUUGGAUGGUUGUGAGUGUUGUGUGUGUGACAGUGAGAAAUGUAGAAGUUAUUGCGAUGAUUGUGAAAAAUACUUUUGUUCAUCCCACAAAGGACAUACAUGUUAAUCAUGGUUUAAGAUGGUUUGCUAAAGGUAUUAUUUAUUUGGGCAAUGGAGACUGGCCAGAGAAUCAUAUUCAAGUAGCAUGUGUUCUAUAA